AUGGGGAAGAUCAUAUUCUAUGAGGACAAAAACUUUCUCGGUCGCUCCUACGAGUGCACCAGUGACUGCCAAGAGUUACAGACCUACUUUAGUCGUUGUAACUCCAUCCGAGUGGACAGCGGCUGCUGGGUUCUGUUUGAGCGCCCCAAUUUUUUGGGGUGUCAGUAUAUCUUAACCCCAGGAGAGUACCCUGAUUAUCAGCGCUGGAUGGGAUUCAAUGAUUGUGUUCGCUCGUGCAGAAUAAUCCGAAAUACAAAUGGCCCAUACAGACUGAAGAUAUAUGAAAGGAUAAACUUUGAAGGCCAGAUGAUGGAGUUUACAGAUGACAUGCCUUCUCUCCAGGAACACUUCCAUAACAGAGAGAUCCAUUCUUGUCAUGUGAUAGAUGGGGCUUGGGUCUUAUUUGAGCACCCUAAUUACAGGGGACGGCAGUAUCUGGUGGAAAAGGGAGAGUUCAGACGCUUCACUGACUGGGGAGCUAUGCACCCUAUUGUGGGCUCCUUCAGGCGCAUAAUGGAGUUUUAA